CCAUUCCCUGUGAGUUACUGUUAGCCCACUGUUCAUAGACAUCGCUCGAAUUACCAAAGCAACUUGAAAACAAGGAAAUUUAAACCUCGCUGUUAUUUGUUUCCUUCUCUAUAUAAUCCAUUGCCACUUCCCUCUUCCACUCAUCGCAUUGACAUUUGUGAACCAACCUCUGAACUUUCAGUUUGAUUCUUCUUGAAACUAUUUGUUUCUUGUCUUUGCCUUCUCUUUUCUUUUGAAGGUUAUUUCUUUCAAUCUUGCUGAAAAUGGAUGUUCUUCAUUUCUUGUUUGGUGUUUUUGGAAAUGCCGCUGCUUUGUUCCUCUUCUUGUCUCCAACGUUUACUUUCAAGAGAAUCAUAAGAAGCAAGUCCACAGAGCAAUUCUCCGGCAUCCCAUACGUUAUGACUCUCCUCAAUUGUCUCCUCUCUGCCUGGUAUGGUCUGCCAUUUGUGUCCAAGGACAAUCUUCUGGUAUCAACAAUUAAUGGGACAGGGAUGGUGAUCGAAACCAUAUAUGUGUUAAUAUUCCUUAUCUUUGCAACAAGGAAGGAGAAGGGCAGAAUCCUAGGCCUUCUCACGCUGGCGCUGGCCAUUUUUGGUACUGUGGCCUUUGUGUCGUUUUUUGCCCUGCAAGGCAACACCAGGAAGCUCUUCUGCGGCUUGGCUGCCACCAUUUUCUCCAUUAUUAUGUAUGCCUCACCUCUGUCCAUCAUAAGGUUGGUGAUUAGAACGAAGAGUGUAGAGUUCAUGCCAUUUUUCUUGUCACUGUUCGUGUUCUUGUGCGGCACUUGCUGGUUCAUCUAUGGCCUACUUGGCCGUGAUCCUUUUCUCGCUAUCCCCAACGGAUUUGGGUGUGGUCUAGGGGCAAUACAACUGAUCCUAUACUUCAUCUAUCGCAAAAACAAAGGUGAAGAAGAACCUGUGAAGAAACCCACAUCUCAAUCCAUGGAGAUGAGUUCAGCAAAGCCACAGCAAGAGAAAAAAAUCUGGGCAAAUGGGUCGCCGGACGAGCAAGUUUAAACAGCAAACUCAACUUGUGCUCAUGAUGCAGCACAAUCACCUCCACAGCAUCAUCAUAUAUAUUAAGAUAACAGAAGUUGUUGAUUGCUGGAAAAAUUUUAGUAGGAGAGGUGAAAGUGUUUGAUACAAAGUUUACUUGUUUCUCUUUGAUCUUCUUUGUAUUUUCUUUUGGAUUUGGCAUCACUGAAAAUUCUAAGUCAGGUGAUGAUCAUGUCCCCCGAAGGUGGUGGGAGGGAAUAGUGUUAGAUGUGUUUUUCAUCUGUAACCUCAUUAAGUUGAGGAAAUCCACUCUUUCAAAAAUAAUAAAAACACAUCAAUAAAUUUAUUUUAACA